UCCUGUUCGGAACCUCCAACAAUGUCACUCGUGGCGCGUCCUUCUUGCCUCCUGCUGAUAAUCGAUCCCUUAUGGCCUUUGUACCUUACAGCCGCCAUAGGGCGCUUUCAACCUAACUCGCACUUCUCACUUCCCGAUAUCAAUCGGCACACCAGUUCUCUAUUGACUCGUGUUAUCGCUACACCUGUAUUUUCCAGAUAAGCCAAAAUCUGCUCACCGCUAGCAUCAUGGUUCGCCUCUCUUCAUAUGCCGCUCUCCUCUCUGGUUUUGCUUCCUCCAUGGCGGCUGGUAUCCCCACCCGUCGUGCGAUGGCCGUACACGACGAGCGUGAGCUCCCCGUUCAUUUCGCCAAUGCCGGUACCCCCAGCCCAGACACGCUCAUGAACCUGAAGCUUGCGCUCACUGCUAGCGAUAUGGCUGGUCUCGAGCAAACGUUCUGGGAUGUCAGCACCCCCGGCAAUGCGUUGUACGGUCAGCAUUUGAGCUUUGAAGAGACGAAGGUCUUUGCGGCACCGACCACGGACACCGUGACCGCUGUUACCGCAUGGUUGAACGAAAAUGGCAUUAACAACAUCACCACUACCGGUGCAUUCGAUGACUGGCUUGCCUUCACCGUUCCCAUCUCAACCGCCAACUCACUUUUCGAAGCUGAUUUCCAGAAUUUCACCGAGAUUGGGGGCCCUACACAACUGAUCAGAACUUUGUCUUACUCUCUUCCUGUAGACUUGCAACAACACAUCAACUUGCUACAUCCAUCGACAGAUUUUGUGAGGAACAUUAAAGGCCCUAUAUUCCGUGCAUCUGUUCCUGGUUCGAGCUUGAACAACACUGCUCGAGCAUUGACAGCCCCUUCCUCAUGUAAUUCUGUCGUGACUCCUACAUGCUUGCAAGAUCUAUAUGGAAUUCCGACCACCCCUGCCACUCAGGCUUCGAGUAAGCUGGCCGUGAGCGGUUUCAUCGAUCAAUGGCCACAGACAGCGGAUUUGAAAACUUUCUUAGGUGCUCUCAGGACCGACAUUUCUUCGGCCACAACUUUCACAUUGCAAACCCUAGACGGUGGUUCAGAUCCACAAGCUGCGAGAGACGCAGGUAUUGAGGCUAACCUUGACAUUCAAUACACAGUAGGAGUCGCUACUGGUGUGCCAAUCACUUUUAUUUCCGUUGGCGAGGAUAACACGGACGGAAUCGACGGUUUCCUCGACAUCAUGAACAAUAUUAACGCUCAAACUGCGCCUCCCUUUGUUCUCACUACUAGCUAUGGCUUCGACGAGCCAGACCUUACCAGCGCUAUGGCCAAUCAAUUAUGCAACGCCUACAUGACAAGUGGCACCCGCGGUGUAUCAAUUCUUUUUGCAUCUGGGGAUGGUGGUGUAUCCGGAAGUCAAAGUCAGAGCUGCUCCACCUUCAUUCCUACCUUCCCAUCUGGCUGUCCCUUCUUGACCUCCGUUGGUGCAACACAAGAUGUUACGGAAACCUCCGCUUCUUUCUCCAGUGGUGGAUUUUCAAAUAUCUUUGCUCGACCAUCGUAUCAGACCACACCUGUUGCGACCUACCUAACAGCUCUCGGCAGCACUAACUCUGGCAAAUUCUCAACCACCGGUCGUGCCUUCCCAGAUGUUGCCGCACAAGGUGUCAAUGUAGAAAUCGUCGAUGGAGGCUCAACUGGACUUGUUGAUGGUACUUCGUGUGCCAGUCCCAUUUUUGCUAGUGUUAUUGCAUUGAUCAAUGAUCGCCUCGUCGCGGCGGGCAAAUCACCUCUCGGCUUCUUGAACCCCUUCCUGUACGCUAACCCUACUGCUUUCUUCGAUAUCACGACUGGUGACAAUCCCGGAUGCAAUACCAAUGGUUUCCCAGCCAAAGCCGGAUGGGAUCCUGUCACUGGGUUGGGAACGCCUAACUUCGCAAGUCUAUUGGCUGCUGCUGGAGUUUAAGCACUCGAAUAACACGACAAAUUGUAUCUAUGCUGGCAAACGAUUGUACACAUGAUGUCCUAGAUACUAAUGUACCAGGACACUAAGAGUAAUAUCAUGUAUUACCGACAGGGAAUAACAGGGAA